AAUCAUUAGAAAAUGAAGAUUUACUUCGUAUUUUACUUGCUCCUACGAACUACGGACUCAUCAGACGUAGAUUAUUGCCUUUUUCCCUGCCACGUCAACAACGAAACGGUGGAACACGUCAUGUGCACUUUGAAACACGACUGCAGCGUAGGGCCGGAAUGCAAAGUUAAGACGAAAUUCGAAUAUACCGGAGGCCUGAAAAGUUUCACCUUAGACUUGCACAAUUACUACAGGAACAAGAUCGCCUCAGGGGAGGCUUUGGGCCAGAACGACGGCAAUCUGCCCCAAGCAGCCGACAUGAUGGAACUGGUCUGGGAUGAGGAAUUGGCCUAUUUCGCGCAGUGCUACGCGAACAAAUGCAUACUUCAAUAUGACAAGUGCAGGCAGAGCUCCGCCGGAGAGAACAUCGGACAACUGAUCUUCUUCAGGGUUUCCGUCAAACCUAAAUCAGUACAAGAAAUAAUCACCGAGAUGCUGGAAUCCGCAUACUACAGCUCCAGCACCAUGCCGCUAGAAGACGUGGAGAACUACAAAGACAACAAACACACCAAGCAGUUCGCGCAGUUGGCGUGGUCCGGGACCAGCAGGUUAGGUUGUGGAGUCACCAAACUGCUGGAAAACGUGACAGCCUUCUUCAUGGUGUGCAACUACGGAAACGUCGAAGGGGAGAUGGUUUACGAGGUUGGAGCUCCUUGUUCUAGAUGUCCUGAUGGUCGAAGGUGCGGCAAAAGGUAUUUCGCACUGUGCGCUGCUAGGGAGUACGACAGGAGGACUUCUAGGGAGAAGGCGGAGGUCUUGAGGAGUCUAGAAACUAUGUUAAAUACUGACGAGGAACUCCAACAGCACAGCGAAAAUAACACAAUCCUUACGGAAGCGAGUCUUACUCCAGGUCAAGUCAACGUAACAUCUUCUCAAAAUAUCACGUGGUCAACUACAAAAAUGGAAGUAGCCAUCUCAGACAUACCGAGUUUUGAAACGUCUUACGCAGCAAACCUAGAAGUCGCUACCGAUAAGGAUGCCCAGAUGAUAGGAGAUAUUUCGAAGAAGCAGAAAGGCCCUAUGGUUCUGUUGGAGAGGAUGGUCAGUGAAGCGGUUACAGAAGAUCCUCCAAUAAACGAGAUUGAUGAUGAAGAUGUGCUUGUGAGGAGAUGCAUGGUUAAACGGAAAGACAGUUGGCCCGAACUAGAAAAUCAAGAUAGUGGAUCGCGAAACAAACGAACAUCAAUACGUUUCAUAAGCAUUUUUACAGUUCUCCUUCAUGGAAUUUUAAAAUUGAAAUGUGAGUAACGAAGAUCCACAUAACUCGGUUUGGAAAUUUCUCCUCCGACCCCCGUACAUUCGACCAUGAGACAUACGGGUGCAGUACGAUAAGUUUGAAUCAUAGUUUUAGAAUUUUAGAUUCAAGUUACCCUUGUUCCAUAUUUUCCCAAUAAAAUCUUGUUAAUCGA